AUGAGCAUAUCGCGCCAAAUUGAUCGACUGCCGACACCGUCGGCAGUUAGACAGAUGAAAGUCAUCAUCGCCAGUCCCAGAACUCUUGGUCUCUAUCAAGCCAUGAAGAUUCUGGGCUACAACUCGUACCAUAUCUAUGAAUGCGUCGCCGUGAGAGGAGUAACCCAUGUGCAGCUUUUCAAGGAAGCUAUCAUUGCUCAGUACAAUCGACUGGCUGGAGUUAAGCGGUACACCAGGACUGAUUUUGAUAAAUGGUUGUGUGACUACGACUGUGUGGUGGAGAUCCCAAGCUACAUGGGCAUGGACAUGAUUGAGGCGUACGCAGAGGACCCCGAUGUGAAAUUCAUCCUCACUGAGCGGCCUCCGGAGAAAUGGGCAAAAUCUCUCAACAACACGGCAGCCAAAGUGGCGACAAUGUCUAGCCAAUUCCCCUUUUCUAUCCUCAAAUACUUCGACUCCGCUCUUUAUCAGUUUUUGGCUCUCAACGAAGUAAUUUAUCAGGGGCUCGCUUGCGGCACGAAGCCCGGCAGCCCCGGCAAUGAGCAGAUUUUGGCCAGUUAUUAUGCUGAAUAUAUCAAAAUGGCCAAGGCAACAAUACCUGCCGAUCGCCUACGCGUCAUUCAGCUUGAGGAUGGUCUCGGCUGGGAGGAUAUUUGCCCGUUUCUUGGAGUCCCAAUUCCAAGCGCCGAUUACCCCGGCCGGAACGAACCUGAGAAGUUCCAGGGUUUGGUCCAGGGCUUCAUAACACCGCUUAUCACGGCCGCGGCGCUGAGACUUAGUGUCGUGGCUGUGCCAACCGUUGCAGUCCUUGGCUGGAUGUUCGUGAAAUAUGUUUAG